GAAUGACAGAACGGCCCCGGGUUUGAUACUGGUACGCUUUUUCUUACAGCGGAACAAUGAGCUUGCAGUUUCUCUCAGAUAUCCACAUGGAAUUCCAGUUUACUUCAGGUCACGAAUCUUCGUUGGAAGUAAGUGGCCCCGUUCAGAACAAUGCCUUCAGGGCAAGAUGCACCAAGAAGGCAGGGGGAGUCCCUGUAACCCGGAAUAUGUCCCUGAGGGACGUGCACGGGCGCAAGGCAAGUAUGCCAUCGUGAGCAGCAGCGAAAUGCUAUAAAAGAACGUCACUUCGACCCGAUGAACUGCAGAGCCUCAACUCUUCUCUCGACAUGUUUCGCUCUACUAGUAUCCUGCUCCUCGCGUCAGCCGCGUUGACCGUUGUACGUACUCAAGGUAUCAACGAUCCUCAAGGCGUGGUCAACAGUUGGCCGCAUGACUACCCUGGCAAGCCUUCCGGAGACUUCAGUCCCGAAUGGCAAGAAUACUUCAGGGUCAAGGGUCCUCUACCGAACGUCACCUUCGAUGUCGCGCGUAGUUUCGCUGGCAACGUAGGGGUCAAUCGUCCGGGACAUCCUAAUAACACGCUCUUCUUUUGGGCAUUCGAAAAGGAAAAUGGUUCAUUGACGGACCCGGAAAGCACCAACGAACCAUGGGGAAUCUGGCUGAACGGAGGACCUGGUUCGUCGAGUAUGCUCGGUGUCAACGGUCCCAUUCAUAUCAAUGGGGACUAUUCGGUAUCCGGAAAUCGGUUCAGCUGGAAUACUCUCGCUGACUACUUCUGGAUUGAUCAACCAGUUGGCACAGGAUGGUCCACUGUUGACCUCCAGGGACUUGUUCGCGAUGAAGAUGAACUUGGGCGUGACUUCUGGGGGUUUAUAGAGAAUAUUGUCAAGGUCUUUCCCAACUUGAAGUCAAGGCCAUUGUACUUGACGGGUGAAAGCUAUGCUGGACGUUAUAUUCCCUACAUCACAAAGACAUACUUCGGGCUUACUGAUCCUCCUGUUCAACUCGCGAAAAUCUCUAUCGGAGAUGGCACUAUAGGCAGUGAUCGCACCUACCUCCAUCUACCCACUGUCUCCAUUAUAGAAACAUUCCCGCAGCUGGUUUCUUACGAUUCCGAAGUGUUUGCGUAUUUCAAGGGACAGUCGGAUCUAUGUGGGUAUAACCUUACGUUGAGUUACCCACAACACGGCAACUUUCCAACUCUUGACGGUCCCAUACCCCCGCUCUUCGCGGUCGCGGCGCAGCGUGUACUUCCCUCGCGACGCACUAUCUUUUCCAAGCGAGAGCUGAUUGGAAGUAUCCAAAAGCGCGCUUCUGGACACCCAGGUGGUUUGCAACGGCGUGAAGAAGCACGGUUGCAAUGGAAGAGGGACCUCCGUGAUCGUGCGAACGGCACGAUUGACCCCUUCUACGGAUGCGCUAUAUAUGAUGAGCUUGUCGACUACGCGUUGAACUUCUCUUUGCCUUGGAACUUAAGUGAUCAUACCAACGGUCCAGAUUACAAUGCCUUCGAUGUCUACAAUGUUCCUGAUGGGUUGAAUCCUGAAUCACCUCUCGAUGCGGCGCCGUUCUUGAAUACUAACGUCACGAGAGCGGCCAUCCAUGCUCCUACGGUCAAAGAUUGGGUGCCAACUAUCGAAACUCCUUUUGCCUUAGGUACCGAUGAUGGCUGGGAUCCUAGUGUCGAGCCUAUGGCGUUUCUUUCAGAGUUGGCUGCUAACGCCUCGGAACGUAAUAUUCCCAUUGUCAUCUAUUCUGGGAACGAUGAUUCCCUUGUCGCCCAUUUUGGAACUGAGGUGGUGAUACAAAACACGACUUUCGGCGGGAUCCAGGGCUUCACUAGGAAACCAUCUACGCCAUGGUUUGACGACGACGGAAACGUUGCCGGGGUUGUACAUCAAGAGCGAGGCUUAACCUACCUUCUGUUCUCCAAAGCGGGACAUCAAGUCCCCAUGUCUCAGCCGGCCCAGGCUUUGACUUUCCUGCGAGAGUAUAUUCUUGGUAACAAUCAGACAGGCCUGGUUGAAAGGUCUGGCAAUCAGGUCAAAGUCAUCGGCGGCGAGGACAGCAACUUCUAUGUCAACAACAUUAUUCACGGUCAAGACGAGAUCUAUGUCGGAUCUGCGGUGACGCAGUCCACAUUUACCUAUCCCUCCGCGACUAUUGCAGCGUGGGAGGAGUUUAUUGCGACUGCGACCCUUACUUCUCCAUACCAAGUCACGGCCUCGUAGAACUUUAGCGGCUGUUUCGUUUGUUUGCUGCUCGGUUUUCGGGAUUCCAAAGUUGUAUCCUUAUUGUUUUGGUUUACUUCGCCUGCAUUGCGCUCAGAUUCGUUUUGAUUGUCUGCUUUUGAGGUUUGGUACCUCUGUAUCAGUAGUUCGUUUUUUCGAAUGUAUCACGAAAUAGAUCUUGCUUCUUCAUCUAUCAUCGUGAACCGCAGAACGUCUAUCGCGUACACAUACUAGUAUGGUACGUGGGUGUCUCAAUUACAUUCAUGGCGGCCUCACUGAUCCCUCAUUACCUCUUUGCAUACUGAAUGAAUACGGAGCCUGACG